AUCUCACCUUCUAAUAUUAUCCAGAUGUCUGAAAAUUAAGAAAAUUCAUUUAAAAAUUAAGAGCUUUCAUAUCUUUAAGGAGAUUAGAAAUUCUUAAGUUUCGAAAGAGCCUUGUCAAUAAAGGAUUUUGUACUUUCACUAGAAAAUAGGGAUUAUGAAAAUGAAUUUGGAUAUCUGAAAUAAAUUACAUAAACAAGAGAACAUGAUAGAAAAUUAUAUAGAAAUUCAUCAAUAUAACAUUUGAAUAGAUACUCAGAUAUUCUACCAUGUACAAAUUUCAUGCAUUAACAAAAGAUGUUCAUUCUUUGGUAAAACCUUAAUAUGAUAUAUCCAAUAUGAA